UGAGAAUCCUUCAUCAAGUGGAGAUGCAUAAAAUAAGUGUGUCAGAUUUGACAGUGAAUGAUAAGAUGGCAGAUCAUGUUGAGGCCAAAAUUAAUGACAUAGCCAAAAACAAUAAUGAGAAAACACUGGAUGAGAUUGUGAAGGAGAUCUGUGGACAAUCAGAAAUUGAUGCAAAAAUUAUGGAAACAGUGAAAGACAUUGUCCUCUCUGUGUCCAAAUGUCUGUCAGCUUCUACAGCUCCACAUCUACAAGAAAUAAAGCAACGUUUGUUCAAGCUCUGCAAAGCCGUGGAAAAGACAAUGACAUAUAAACCUCGAGUGACUCAGAUGGUGAGCUGGUGCAUUCUUGUUCUUUCUGAAUCAAGUCGGCUCGUUCAGGUUUUAACAGGAGAAGGAAAGUCGUGUAUCGUGGCAAUGUUUGCAGCACAUCAGGCCAUGAUGGGAAAAACCCCUGAUAUCAUCUCCAGUUCUCCUGUACUUGCUGAAAGAGACGCUGAACAAUGGUCUGGAUUUUAUCAGGAACCAGAUAUAACCAUUGAUGUCAACACCAACAAAUCAAAAGAUGAAGACCUCAAGAAGUGCUAUGAAUGCCAGGUGGUCUAUGGUACAACUCAGAGUUUUGCUGGUGAUUUUCUGAGACAACGCUUCCACAGAAGAGAUGUGAGAUCUAAGAGAGAGUUUCAGUGUGUUAUUGUGGAUGAGGUGGACUCGCUAAUGUUGGACAAAGGUCUUGAAGUGGUCUACCUGAAUACUAACAUGCCUCUCAUGGAACCGUUGAAUGUAAUACUGGCUGAAAUUUGGUUGAUCGUCAACCAGCUAAAGCGUUUAGAGACCGGGGAGAUCUUAGGGCCCAUUCAGCUCUUCUCUGAGGUUCUGUCUGAAAUCAUGCAUGAAAAUAAAAACAUUGAUCAACUCAGUAUUGUGCAGAUGGCUGUGGAUGCAGGAAUUAUGCCUUCGAAACCCUCAAUGCAAAUGCAAGAACACAUGACAAAUGGAAAUGGAAAAUAUCAUGUUGUGCACUUUGAUGAAGACUCACUAGUUAAGUCAUUGGCUGAAAGGAUUAAAAAUGGUUAUCAGUCUGAGACAAUAAAGGAACAAAAUGAAUCUCGUAUUCCAGGCCUUCAAGAUCUCAUUAAUGGUAAGAUCCAAACUUGGAUUGAAAAUGCUCUGCUAGCCACCAAAAUGACUCUGGGCCAUGAAUGUAUCAUUCAUAAAGAUGGAGUUGUUCCUGUUGAUUACAAAUGCACUGGUGUUGUGCAGAACAACAUGAGAUGGGGUGAAGGACUUCAGCAGUUCCUGGAGAUGAAACACCAAACUAAACUGUCCAACAUGAGUCUAAUCACAAACUUCAUGUCUAAUGUUUGUUUAUUCAAGAAAUACUCAAACCAGAUCUAUGGGAUCACAGGAACUUUGGGUGACCAAACAGAGCUUGAUAUGCUGAAGAAGCUCUACAAUGGCAUUAGGACCUGCAAGAUUCCCUCAUUUAGACCAAGGAAACUCUAUGAGCUUGAAGGCAUGGUGAUCCCUGAAGAGGACGAGUGGAUCAGAGCCGUCUGUAAUGUUGUUAAGCAUCAAGUGUCCUCUACAGUCUAUCGAGGUCCAUGAGCAGCUCUCGUCAUCUGUGAAACAAUCAAUCGUGCAGAGAUGUUUCAUAGGGCCCUUGCAAACACCAUCACAAAAGACAAACUAAAACUCUACGUGAAUGACAAUAUGGAUAACUCUACAAUAAUAAAUUCAACAGUUGAAGCAGGAGUCGUCAUCAUUGCAACUAAUCUAGCAGGUCGAGGAACAGACCUAAAGGUCUGUAAAAGUGUAAAUGAGGCAGGAGGACUGUUUGUGGUGCAAACCUUCUUACCUCUGAAUGUCCGUGUUGAACAGCAAGCCUUCGGACGAACGGCUCGCCAAGGAAGUCCAGGAUCUGCUCAACUCAUCGUGUGCACCAGUCACCUCUCUGACUCUGUUAAACUAGUGAUGAGCCUGAACACAUCUGUCACCAGCUUACUCAAAUGUCUGAGCCAUCUUAGAUCUAUACUGAUGUCAUGUGAUUCCACAGAGAAUUUGUUUGAGGAUGCACUUAAUCAUUACCUUGAAAACCACAGCUUUCAAAAUCAUGAAGCAAUGGUCUCUGCCCUAACAGACCUCUUAACCACGAAAUCAUUCUCAUCACAAGAUCUGGAAGAGGCAAAAAUAGCCAGGACCAUUAUGGUGAAAAUCAGACUCUCAAGCUUCCUUGAAAAAGACAUUCCAAAAAUCACAACAAAGGAAAAGCUUUUCUCUGUUUACCUUGAUGUUUUGGACAACAUCUAUGAAGAUGAUGCUUUUUCAGACCAGCGAGAUGUAUUUGUGUCCUGUCUUCAUGAGUGUUGGGGUUUGUGGUUCUUGAUGUACUUCAAUGAGGAAACAUCCAUUGAGACACUGAAGGAACAGCUGGAAAGGGACUUGUCAAAUGCAAAGCAGAAACUUUUAAGUAAACAGUGUCCAUCCACUAUGGUCUACUAUUACAUCAGGUCUGGAGACAAUCUCCGUGAGAAGGGAUGCCUUGCAGAGAGCAUUGAGAUGUACACUAAAGCUUUGGAGGACGGUGUUUGCUGGGAGUUUAUUCCUCUCUAUAAUCGUGCACUGGCCACAGUUAUGAAGAAAGAUGGUGGUUAUAUUGCUAAAGCACUACCUGACCUUGAUAUGGCUGAAAAGGCUAUAGAUUCAUACAAGUCACAACUGGCACGGGUUCUGACUUGUGUAAAGCCACAAAGUGAAGAUAAGACUUUGCUUACCAAACAGUUUCGAGUGAAGAUGAUCAUUGCAGACCUUCUCAAGAUGAACAUUCAAGAUGCUGUAAUGGAUUUGAAGAGGGCUGAAAGCACAGGAGAAGAUGUGAGCCAGACUGGAAAACAUACUCUUUUUUUGCCCAUAGACUUUUUAAUGAGGCAUGUAAGCAGUAUGGAAGGUGAGAACCUGGCUGAAAGAGAUAUAUAUAGCUAUGAUGAUCUCAACUAA